UGUGGAACUCACGAGCGCAAAGCAGACGGGCAUGAAACGACUGCAAAUUCUUUACAUGUUUUCUACAGUCUAUGGUCUUUAUAUGUUGAAUAUUCGGUUGUCUUUUGUGGAGUGAAGAACCCGAAUAACAGUAGGCAGCCGGGAAAUUCAUCAAAUUCCGGCACAUGGUUGUUGUUGAGUUUUUAGCCUGCACAGACCGACCGACCGCCCUCCAGCCGCUGUGCAGAGUUCAUCGUGUCCGUGUGACUAGCAGCCUCCCUCGGUGGCAGCUGUCUCACGCAAGGAAGAGAUGGACCCGAACAAUACACCCUUUCAGGGGCUGGCGUCCCCACAGGGUGCCAUGACCCCGGGGAUGCCCAUUUUCAGUCCAAUGAUGCCAUAUGGCUCUGGCCUGACCCCCCAGCCGGUUACCAACACCAACAGCCUGUCCAUCCUAGAGGACCAGCAGAGACUGCAGCAGCAGCAACAAGCCCAGCAGGCCAACGCAGGUCUUGCAGGUACGUCGGGUCAGACCCCUACGUUGUUCCACUCCCAGACCGUUGGGGGGUCCACCACUACUGCCCUACCAGGAAACACCCCCCUGUACAACACACCGCUAACCCCCAUGACACCCAUCACUCCCUCCACGCCCGCCUCGGAGAGCUCCGGGAUCGUACCACAGCUGCAGAACAUUGUAUCAACCGUGAAUCUGGGCUGUAAACUUGACCUCAAGACCAUCGCACUGAGGGCUAGAAACGCAGAGUACAACCCCAAGCGUUUUGCGGCCGUCAUCAUGAGAAUACGAGAGCCCCGCACCACGGCCCUGAUCUUCAGCUCUGGGAAGAUGGUAUGCACUGGAGCCAAGAGUGAGGAGCAGUCGAGGCUAGCGGCCAGGAAGUACGCCCGCGUGGUGCAGAAGCUGGGCUUCCCAGCCAAGUUUCUGGACUUCAAAAUCCAGAACAUGGUGGGCAGCUGCGACGUCAAGUUCCCCAUCAGGCUGGAGGGCCUGGUCCUUACCCACCAACAGUUCAGCAGUUAUGAACCUGAGCUUUUCCCAGGUCUCAUCUACAGAAUGAUUAAACCUAGAAUCGUCCUGCUCAUCUUUGUCUCUGGGAAAGUGGUUCUAACAGGUGCCAAGGUGAGGGGAGAGAUUUAUGAGGCCUUUGAAAACAUCUACCCCAUCCUGAAGGGCUUCCGUAAAACAACGUAGACAACCCCCCCCCCCCCCCCCGCGCUUAAUUUUUGUACUUUUUUUAGAACAUCAGAUUCAAAUCUAUAUAUUGACUUUCAAAAAGCGGACUGCCUUUUGGGCUGAUGUACAUGGAUGUAAAAUUUGCGCAACAAGGUCACGUUGUUUUAAGUGGUCUUGUUCGGAUUUGGGGACGUGCCAUUCGGUGCCAUUGGGAGGCUGCUGUCCUACGUUCAACCUCCAAAUGACCAUCCUGGUAUCACACGGUUUUGAUGAUCUCGUCCUGAUCAUCAUAUUCACUUUUUUUACGGUGAUGACGAGAAGUACACCUGUUCAGAAAGUACGGAAGGGGAAGAAAGCCAGAGAUGUCAACUUAUUUUUGAGGAAUAGGACACACGUUGACACGCUGGAAACCAAUCGAAGACUUCUUAUCUCUUUUGUUCAUAAUUUCUUUCUUUUUUUAUGGACCUGUCACUGCACAUUCCAUUCUGUAUUCAGUUGAAUUUCGUAGCAUUUCAUUUUCAAACAUGAAGUGCCAGUUUUAAAUCGAUGAGCUUAAAUUCAAUCCAUGUAUAAAUAAAGAAACCGCCAAAUUCUUAGGUCCAAGUUUAUCCAUUUGAAAAUUGUAAUUGGUUGGUUACAACUUGUUUGCAUUUGAGAAAACACAUGACGAACAUUUUAUCUUUUGGCAUGGCAUUGAAUUUUUUUAAAGAUAAAUAAACACUUUUUUUUUUUUUUUGUAAGGACAUUAAGCUUUUGUAUUAUCCACUGGGAAGUGUUUCUUUUCUGGCUUAAGAGCAACUAUUGAGGGUUAAACCUUUUGUGUAGGUGAUUUAAGUAAGUGAACUCCAUGGAAAAAGCCCCUCCCCUUUUUCUGGCAGACUCAAUUGUUUCCUUUUAAUAGCACUGACGGUUUAAUGGUUGAACGAACUAUGCAUGUUAUGUUUGUAAGUUCUUUGUAUUGUCCUGAAGUUUUGAAUUUUUUUGGAUAUUUAAGUCAUUAAUGCUAACAGAUUUCCUGGAAAUAUGCUCAUGGUUGGUCAGACUUGCUAAUAACCUCAGCUAAAUUCAAUGUCCUUUUUCUUUGGCACUGCUUGUGUUACAUGCAUGUCUCACUAUUUAAUUGUAGUCAGUUUUAUUUCAAUGUUUUCAUUAGUUUCACUCACAUGACAAAGUUGCAAAGUAAUUGGAGAAAGGUACCUCAGCUCUUGGAUUGAAAUAAGCACUAUUACAAAACGCAGUCUUUAUUCUGGCUUCAAAUUGGAUUUCUGGUUGUAAAUAAACAUAUCUAAGGAU